AGCCCUCAUCUUCGGUAGUGGCCGGAGAGUCGAACGACAGCAAAGUUAAAUAUGACCAUGUCGAUGUAUGUUUACGAACUGUCACCACACUUCAUCAACAGCCAUGGAACUUCAAUACACAGGACUGGCACAUACUAUACAGACAGCGGCAAUUGCUGCUUUGCUUUUCGCAGCAUGCGCCUUAUUACCGAAACUCAAUUACAGGUCGCACCUUGCGAAGCUGCCGGUCUUUGGCGGAUCGGCCAGUGGAGAGAAGCAACGCCAGGCGUAUCUCAACUCUGCGAAGAAGAUGUAUCUUGACGGAUAUGAGAAGUUCAAAGACUCUGUUUACCGCAUUGCUUCAUCUGACGGAGAAGACAAUGUUGUCAUCCCACUCGGUCUGCUGCCUGAGCUACGGAAGCUUCCCGAUGAUGUUCUUAGCUUUCCCAGAGCCGUCGACAAGACUAUGGAAACCAAAUACACGAAGAUCGACACGGAGUCGCAUUUGAUAAUGCACUCUGUUAGGUCAGAUCUCACUCCUGCUCUUGGUCGUAUGAACCCCAUCAUACGGCAAGAAGUCAACACCUGCGUCUCAAAGUAUUUGCCUGAAUGCAAUGACUGGACGGAAGUCACUAUCUACAAAACCAUAGUUGAUAUCGUUGCGCAAGUCUCCGGCCGUGUCUUUGUUGGAGCAGAGCUGUGUGAAGACCCUGAGUAUCUCGAUUGCGCAACAAACUACACACUGGACUUGAUCGACUCGGUCACUGCCAUCAAGAAAUUGCGACCCUGGCUUCGACCAUUCAUGGCACCACGAACGCCAGAAAUCCGCCGCCUGCGCCAGAGAGAGAGGAGGGCGACAGAGUAUCUUUACCCUCUUGUCAAGCAGAGACAGGAUGCUGCAAAAGACCCCAAUUGGGAGAAGCCGGACGAUAUGACACAAUGGAUGUUGGAUCGCAGCGCUGGCGACAACAUUCCUGUCGAGCAGUAUGCCAAAUGUCAGCUCAUCUUGAUCUUUGCUGCGAUCCACACGACCUCCCUUACAGCAACGAACAUCUUGUUUACAUUAGCAUCAACACCUGAGUACAUUGGUCCUCUGCGAGAAGAGAUCCGCAGUGUCAUCGUUGAGCAUGAUGGCAACAUCACUGCGAAAGCACUGCAGCAGAUGGAGAAGCUCGACAGCUAUAUGAAGGAAGUUAACCGAGUCUACACACCAGGCAUGACCUCAUUCACUCGUCGUGUUCUCAAAGGCAUUACCCUCUCCAAUGGCCAAUACAUCCCACCAGGUGUCAUCAUCGAAGUACCCUCUCAAGCCAUCUACAACGACUCGACAUACUACCCCGACAGCGAGAAGUUUGACGGCUUCCGGCACUACAAGCUGCGUCGGGGCGGUAGCACAACUGACCACGCGCGCAACCAGUUCGUCACUACGAAUGAGCAGAACCUUGCUUUUGGAUAUGGACGCCAUGCUUGCCCUGGCCGCUUCUUUGCGGCGAAUGAGAUCAAGAUGAUUGUUGCGAAGAUGAUUCUGGAUUAUGAUAUUAAGAUGCCAGAUGGGCUCACGGAGAGGUAUGCGCAGAUUGAGGUAGGGAGGUCUAGUUUGCCGAAUCCGACGAAGAAGUUGUUGUUUAAGAAGGUUGAU